AUGUACAAUAACAGUCUUUGUUUGUGUUUGUCUGAAACAAGAAUAUUACAGUAACUGGAAAUAAAUAAACUAAUAAAUACAGUAUAGAUUAUAAAGAAAUUACAGCGCUUCAGCUCAACUAUCACGCACCUCUGAUUUUGGCCAACAGAGGGCAGACGUGUUCAAGAUUUGAUGGAGGUGGGGAAAAAAAAAGUUAAAUUUACAGGUUUUGGUUUUGAUGUGAAAUACACAGAUGUAUUAAUGAUUGCACUCACAAAUUGUUUUCACAGAUCAAAACAUCAAUUACAACUAAAAAGUGUGCAACUUCACAGAUGGCAUCACCUGAGAAUAUAUGACUUGAAACAAUAAGAAGUUUUCAAAUGUUGCAAACCACAAUGCCAAAUCACCACCAACAUAAAAGUGAUUUCCUAAAUUUAACAGUAGGAGAGCAGAUGACUGAAACUUCCUCCUAUUUUGUUCUUGCUUCACCCUUUCAGCAUCCUGAGAAAAAAGGCUUCUCACGGCUACAAAACAAAAGCUUUUGGAUUUCCUGGACACAUUGUCCUUCUUUCUCUACUUUUCUACAGUUUGCCUUAACACGCAUACAGCACGUAGACCCACAAUGCGGCAAUUAACUUUUUUGGUGCAAUUCAAAGACCGGGUAGGGGGAAAAUGACAAUUUAAUAUUUGGCCCAAAUGCAUGUGAGAUUUAGUGCAUCGCUGUCUGAUCUUGCCAAUGUCCCUUGAAAUAUUUAAAGAGCACUUUCUCAGCAACUCCAGGGGUCUUCAUGCGAGAGUGAAUUUCUCUGCGAAAAAAUGACGCGAGAUCAACCAUCACUCGACCCGUUUCUGCUGCUGGGUUCACACAUGCAUACGAACGGUACAUGUCACUCACACAUUUCUGGCUCUCUGUCAUCAUGAAAUAUUCAACACAGUUCAUUCUAUUUUAUGUGGCACGUAGCAUAUAUCACAUCUAAAUAUAUCGACAAGACUUUUUUAAAAAAGAUUUAAGAGGGCUCGACAUGAGCGAGCGCAAUAACGAUGGAAGCCAUUUAACCUCCAUGACUCAACUCCUCAUUAUUCUGCAAACAUCAAUGCAAUUUUAUCAAUCCCUGCAGCACAUCAUUUUUCAGUUCAUUCAGAUUUUGAUUUCAAAAGUGGGCUCAAUGAGAAAGCCUCUUUUAUGCUCAGCGCAAGAUGGAACGCAAAUAUAUCAGACACAACGAAAACAGUAGAGGCCCCGGAAUUGAACCCUGUGGAACACCAUGCAACACAAAUAGGAUGUUGCUCAUUUUUUGAAAAGAAAGUCUUGCUUGUAUCGAGAUGCACAUGAGUUGUGAUCAACGUUCAGCUAAGUCUAGAAAGAAACCACAAACCUUAUGAAACAAAUGUUCAUACACAGGAAGUGCCUCCCACUCUCUUAUCCUGUGUGUGUGGUCUGUUUUUCUCUCUCUCGCUCUCUUUCAGAAUGUUACUCAUGGCAGUGUUUUUCUGAGCACCAGCCAGUUGUGUUUCUCCUCUCUGAGCUCACAACGCUCUCUCAUCCUUUUGCUCCGCAGACACAGCGGGCACCAUCUCAUCUUCUUUCAGAUUGUCCUCUUUACAUUUCUUUUUUUUUUUUAUAUUUCCAUUCCCUCAUCAUUCUGGAACACUUGUGGAAAGUAUUUGACCGAGUUGUGUGUGAGUGCGUGCGUGCUCUGGUGGUUAUCGGCAUGGAGGCAGUGGCACUGUAUACGUUUCGUGCCACCGAGGGUGAUGAACUCAGUUUCAAAAAAGGAGAGUUGUUAAAGAUCACCAACAUGGAGGAUGAUCCCAACUGGUACACAGCCGAGCUGGACAACAGAAAAGGCUUUGUGCCAAAGAACUAUAUCAACCUGCGGCCACACGCGUGGUUUGCAGGUCGUAUUUCUCGCGGUGUGGCGGAAAGUCGACUUCGACACCGGGAAUGUGGAGCAUUUUUAGUCCGAGAGAGCGAGAGCGCUCCUGGGGAGUUUUCCAUGUCGGUCAGUUAUGGUGACCACGUCCAACACUUCAAGGUACUGCAGGACCGUUGCAGUCAAUACUACGUGUGGGAUGAGCUCUUCUCCUCCCUGAACGAGCUUGUGGAGUUCUACCAUAGUAACAGUAUCGCUAAGGAGAGGACCGUCUUUCUGCGAGACCCCGAACACUUUGCAAGACGUCCUCACCAUGCCCACGCUCUCUUCGACUUCAACCCUCACCACCCCUCGCAGCUCCGCUUCCUGCGGGGUGACGUCAUCGAGCUCAUUGACUGCUCCGACUCACUGCGCUGGAGGGGCCGUUGCCAUGGACACGUGGGCUACUUUCCUCCGGAGUAUGUCCAGCCCGUUUACCACUGUCAGUGAGCCCACACAUAUAAGUGGGCCUUCUCAUCCACGUCACUUCCACCGCUUCUCUGCUCUUGGCUACCAGUCAUCUUUUGGAGCAGAUGGCCUGGAGAUUAACUAAUGAUGCAAUCAUUUAAAAAAAAAAAAGAAACUUCUGUUGACCACUUCCUGGGCAAACCCUGACCAGCUGUGACUGGCACAACAUCUACUCAUGUUCUAUAGAAUUAGUAUCACCAUUCAAGGGAUGUAAACCUUUUACUCCACUAAUGCACCAGUAGAGAUUUUUGAUCCAAACCAUUUUAUAAUAUACCGUUUUUUUUUUCGGCAUAUCCACAAUGUUUGUGGAGAGCAGUGGAAGUUCAUGUACGAUUUUUCCCGAAAUACUUGAAGAGCACAUUGAAUUGUAUGAUAGUGUGAAUAGGCCCCAAAAAGAGAAUCACAAAUUGUACCCUGUUUGAAUUGUAAAUCAGACCAAUUGUGUGUGGUUUUCUUUUUUUUUUUUGUAUAUAAUGUUGUAUUUACCAUAUCUUAGUAAAUUCCUGGUAAAAUAAAAAAAUGUAUAAAUGUUUUCGGUCACAGCAACUAACUAGAGAGAGUCACAGAGUAUUUCAUGACAAAUGUGAGUCAUUUAAAUAAAUUCUCUUCUGAAGACUGA